UCCAAUAUUUAUCAGAUGUAGUCCAUAUUUUCGUUAGCGACGUUCCCAAGGAGUUACAUGCAAAGAGGGCAUGCUUUUAUACCAACGCGCAUUAAAUGACAGCAAUUUGAAUCGUCACGUUUUACCGUGCCCAGUUUAAAUGCUCUCUUCCCUUUAUGAGUAGGUAGGCAGGCAAGCAAGCAGACAUUCCUUGGUCAGUCAGAAGUUGUCGGAGUUCGAGCCGCGCGUCUGCACCACUCCGUUUUCCCUUUCCACCUUGUGCCUGUCUAGGCUUUCGUGUCUGACAUUCAAAUAAAGCUCGAUUAGGCUGCACAAAAGGCCUCUUCUCAAUAAUUAGGAACAGUUAGUGUAAAAGUCGAUUGCAGACUACUGGCUAUAUCGAUCCGGAAUCGAAAAAUGGACGAUUGGCGUCGUCGCUUAGAGUAGCAGUUUGGCGUCGAAAAAUAUUUAAGAAAUCAUUCGCUUUGUAUAGGCAUUUGUAGGAUUUGUGCAGUGUUCCCGGCGUGAGCCUAGGGCCCUUUGACCUGCGUUUGCACAAAAGUGAUGGUGGGCAUUUCUCGAUAGCGUAGAUUUCAGGUUAAGUUUAUUGCAAACAUUGUCAUCGCUGUUUGCGAUAGGCGACUUGCGGCUAUGAAGGUCCGUCGCGGAAACAAGCCCUAUUCAUCCGGUGGCUCUUCGGAAAAUACCUCUGAUAGCUUAGAAGAUGAUUUGGCAGCAGCUCAGGAAUUCCCGACUGUCGAUGUCCGUGAACAGUGUCCAAAGUUUAGCUCCAUCGUUGACGGGAGACCCGGAAAGCAGACUGGCUGUGUAACCGAAUUUGCUCUUGAUAUUAUGUGCACACCGGAAGUGUACGCGGCUAUCGCCGUCUUGUGUUCAAUACAUAUUUACUCAUUCGCGAACAACUGUGUCAAGUACCAACUUAAACGACGUGAUCAAAUGGUGGACAUCUCUGACCAAAGCAAGUUUACAAUAACAACAGAACGUCAAAAUCGGUAUUCGAAUUUCACGUUGUCUUUGGAAGACAUCGAUCCACUUCAAUUGGAACUUGAAACACUGCUUGUAGCAGUGGUUCAGCGCAAACAACAGCUUCGAGCUCAACUGGAGGCGCUUGAUCACGACGAUUCGACGGGAAGUCGAGAGGGAAAUCGUACCGAACGUGAUCGGGGUGACAAACAGAGGGCCUCUUCACCGCUGCAGGGGGGCUCAAUGAGUAAGCGGUCCCGAGGAGCAGAUCAUAAAUCCAACAAAAAGGGCUCAAAGGAUAAAUCGAGUAAAGCCGUAUCUGGGCACGAUGCAACAGGCGAAAAUAUUAAUCAGGAAUCUGGCUCGACGCCUGCCCCCAAAAUUCCUAAAUCGGGUCCUAAGGUUCCUGGUGGCCAAUGCCAAGGCAACAAAGCAGGACAAGGUCCUCUGCCUGCUAACGAUGCUCCCCAUCGUUUUUGGGCAUACUUAAAUAAUUAUUGUCAAGCAGCUAACGACGAUCAAGUUGAGGGACUUGAAAAUAUGUUGGAGGCUCAAGAAGCUAUCAAGUUUUCUGAAUACGUAAAAGUACCACCCUUGGGCACCCACUACAUAGUUAAGUGGGCUCAAGAGGAUUUACUUGAAGAACAGAUGGAAGCAACUCCAGAAGCUUCGACUGUUAACUUCAUGGAAGAUAUGGAGAAGGUUCUUCACCAAACUGCUAAGGAGUCAUUGAGUGACGAGCGUUAUGGAACCUUGACGCAACGUCUUAUGUCUUGCCUACUUGAAGAGAACGGGAUCGUUCCACCGGGUGAAGAAAUGCCAUUCGUUGUGGCACAGGGACGGACGACCUCAGCCCCAAAUGCAGCAUCUAUUGAGCAGCGCAUCCGGAGGGAACUUGAAGAACUCGGGGUUAUGCAGGCUCUUGCUGAAAAGGUGGCUGAACAGGACGAUGAGGUGUUUUUGGAGUUACGAAAAUGUCAGUCUCAGCUAUUGUCAAUUUCGGCACAAAACGUGCGAAUGCUACGUGCACUGCUCGAAAAGGCUCGCAGGCGGAGGGCCGAGUAUGAGCUAGAAGAACGUUUACGUGCUAUCGACCAAGAAAUGCUCGAUCAGUUCAGGCGACGAAAAGCGACUGCAAGGUCCUCACGAACUUCAUCGCUGAUUCUACUUCCGCCGACGAAACAGGAUAAGGAACAAAUGCGGGCAUUGCUCGAUGAACGGAAAUCUAUUCUCGCCAGAUUAGACCCUAUGAAAAUUGUCACGGUGAAGACCGAACCUCUCUAGUCCUGUUAAACAGAUCGACUUUAUAUACAGACGCAAGCAGUUCAUUUGAUGUGAGACCUACCGCUUUAAUACCAAUUAAAAUUACUGCUUUGAUGUCCAAACAAGCAGACGAAAAUGAAGAACAGCAUAAAACAAGGAAAACGGAGUAAAUCUCACCGAAGUUACAUCACCUAUACUUAGCCAUAGUGCUAAACAGCUAAAUUUACAGUUCUAACUUCAAUUGAUUUCGACUAACUUCGAAUAUAUGUGUAUUUAGUCAAUGUUGUCUUUAUACAUGAGUAAAUUCGCAUAAAGAAAUUGGUCAUCGACAGCAUGUCUGAUGUGAAUCAAAGUUCGUA